GUUAUGUCUCUGCUGCUUUGGAGUCUUGUAAGAAAUCUCCCCUUUGGAGAUCUGCUCUCUUCCAGCAUGCUGAGUCUCAUUGAACUCACUGGGGAUGUUUUUCGUGUGACUGAUCUAACUGAUCAACUGUGGUCAAGUGUUGUGUUGGGUGACUUGUAAGGUACUGAGGACACAGUCAAGUGAGCACCCCUAAUUUCGCUGAUUUACUGCUGACAAUCGCUCACAAUGGAAUCUAAUCAAAAAUCUGGGGAUGGACUGACGGGCAUGCAGAAAGAGGCCGCGCUGCGUGCGCUCAUUCAGCGCACAGAAUACCAAUUACUGCAGGAGAAUGGUCAGAGGAGGUACGGCGGGCCCCCUCCAGGCUGGGAAGGCCCUCCCCCAGAGAGGGGCAGUGAGAUCUUUGUGGGGAAGCUGCCAAGAGACCUCUUUGAGGAUGAGCUGGUCCCCCACUGUGAGAAAUUUGGGAAAAUCUUUGAGGUUCGGAUGAUGAUGGACUUCAACGGCAAUAAUCGAGGAUAUGCCUUCGUUACCUUUUACAACAAAAAUGAAGCCAAGACCGCCAUGAAACAGCUCAAUAACUAUGAAAUCAGGAACGGAAGGCUCCUGGGAGUGUGUGCCAGUGUGGACAACUGUCGUCUGUUUGUGGGGGGCAUCCCCAAAUCCAAGAAGAGAGAGGAGAUCCUGAUGGAGAUGAAGAAAGUAACAGAUGGGGUGUUGGAGGUGAUUGUUUACCCCAGUGCUGCGGACAAGACCAAGAACAGGGGCUUCGCCUUUGUGGAGUACAACAGUCACCGCGCUGCAGCCAUGGCCAGGAGGAAACUACUACCAGGGAGGAUCCUGCUGUGGGGGCACGCCAUUGCCGUGGACUGGGCGGAGCCUGAAGUGGAAGUGGACGAGGACACCAUGGCAACGGUGAAGAUUCUCUACGUGAGGAACUUAAUGCUGGCCACUACAGAAGAGACCAUCGAGAAGGAGUUCAACAGUAUCAAACCAGGUGCUGUAGAGAGAGUGAAGAAGAUCAGAGACUAUGCCUUUGUCCAUUUCACCCAGAGAGAGGAUGCGAUAAGCGCCAUGGACGCACUGAAUGGAAAGCUGGUGGAUGGCUCUCCCGUGGAGGUGACCCUGGCUAAGCCGGUGGAUAAGGACAACUACGUGCGCUACACCCGGGGUACAGGUGGCCGGGGUGGGGCCGUGCUCCAGGGGGAGUACACCUACACACUGGGCCAGGUGUAUGACCCCUCAGCAGCCUACCUGGGUGCCCCCGUGUUCUACGCCCCCCAGAUAUAUGCUGCUAUUCCUAAUCAGUUCCGCUUCCCCAUUGCCAAGGGGCUUGUGGGGGGCCGUGGCCUGGUGCGCACGCCCUCAGUCAGAGAAAUUUACAUGAAUGUACCUGUAGGGGCAGCGGGCAUACGCGGGAUGGGUGGUCGCGGAUACCUCGCCUACGCAGGUUUAGGCCGAGGCUGUGCCACCUACCAGCUAAAGACAGACAAGCACCCCGAGGACAAGCUCUUUGACCUGCUGCCAGGCAUGGAACUCACGCCCAUGAACCCUGUGAAGCCUCCCGGUAUCAAACACACACCACAGAUCUUGGAGGAUGUGUGUCAGAAGAACAACUGGGGGCAGCCAGUUUAUCAGCUUCACUCUGCCAUCGGACCUGAUCAAAGCCAACUGUUCCUCUACAAAGUCACCAUUCCGGCUCUGUCCACCCAAUACCCUAAUGUGCAUCCGUUCACCCCAGCCAAGCUGUGUACAUCUGUGGAUGAGGCCAAGGUUCAUGCUGCGGAGCACGCCCUGCAUACCCUGGGUCUGCAGACAGAAGGAGCCGAGGCCUCCGCUGCAGCCGUUGCUGCAUUCCCAGGUUACACAAUAGCGAACACCUCAGCCUCAGUAGCUGCCUCCCAGCUCAAACAGGCCGUCUCCCUGCACCAGGACAUGGCAGCUUACACUGCCUACGAAGGCUAUCCCGCCUUCACCGUGGCAACCCGUGGAGACGGUUAUGGAGUGUACUAGGGCCAUCCUGGAACGUCAUACCAUUUACCAGCAUUCAUUCGUAGUUCAGACUAUAUAAAACUACACUGAACAAAAAUAUAAAUUCAACAUGUAAAAGAUCCCAGAAAUGUUUCAUACCCACAACAUGUGUUCACAUCCCUGUUAGUGAGCAUUUCUCCUUUGCCAAAAUAAUCCAUCCACUAGACAGGUGUGGCAUAUCAAGAAGCUGAUUAAACAGCAUUAUCAUUACACAGAUGCAUCUUGUGCUGGGUGCAAUAAAAGGUCACUCUAAAAUGUGCAGUUUUGUCAUGCGAAACAAUGCCACAGAUGUCUCAAGUUUUGAGGGAGCGUGCAAUUGGCAUGCUGACUGCAGCAAUGUCCACCAAAGCUGUUGCCAGAGAACUGAAUGUUCACUUCUCUAUUAUAAGCCACCUCCAACGUCAUUUUAGAGUAUGACCGGCCACACAACCGAACACCAUGUGUAACGACGCCAGCCCAGGACCUCCACAUCUGGCUUCUUAACCUACGGGAUCUUCUGAGACCAGCCAACCAGACAGCUGAUGAAACUGUGGGUUUGCACAACCAAAGAAUUUCUGCACAAAUUCUCAGUAACCGUCUCAGGGAAGCUCAUCUGGGUGCUUGUCGUCCUCACCAGGGACUUGACCUGACUGCAGUUUGGCGUUGUAACCGACUUCAGUGGGCAAAUUCUCACCUUCGAUGGCCACUGGCACACUGAAGAAGUGUGCUCUUCAGGGAUGAAUCCCGGUUUCAACUGUACCGGGCAGAUGGAUGACAGCAUGUAUGGAGAGGUGUGAGCGAGCGCUUUGAUGAUGUCAACGUUGUGAACAGAGGUCCCCAUGGUGGAGGUGGGGUUAUGGUAUGGGCAGGGAUGAGCUACAGACAACAAACAUAAUUGCAUUUUAUCGAUAUCGAUUUGAAUGCACAGAGAUUAACGUGACCGAUCCUGAGACCUAUUGACGUGCCAUUCAUCCACCGCCAUCGCCUCAUGUUUCAGCAUGAUAAUGCACAGCCCCAUGUCACAAGGAUCUGUACACAAUUCCUGAGGCUAAAAAUGUCCCAGUUCUUCCAUUGCCUGCAUACUCACCUGACAUGUCACCUAUUGAGCAUGUUUGGGAUGCUCUGGAUCGACAUGUACGACAGCGUGUUCGAGUUCCCACCAAUAUCCAGCAACUUCGCACAGCCAUUGGAGAGGAGUGGGACAACAUUCCACCGGCCACAAUCAACAGCCUGAUCAACUCUAUGCGAAGGAGAUGUGUUGUGCUGCAUGAGGCAAAUGGCAGUCACACCAGAUACUGACUGGUUUUCUGAUCCACGUCCCUACUUUUUCCUUAAGGUAUCUGUGACCAACAUAUGCAUAUCUGUAUUCCCAGUCAUGUGAAAUCCAUAGAUUAGGGCAUAAUUAACCCACUGAUUUCCUUAUUUGAACUGUAACUCAGUAAAAUUAUUGCAUGUUGCGUUUAUAUUUUUGUUCAGUGUACGUAGUAUCCAUUAUGUCUUUUCAUUUGAUUGUGUGGAUCUAUUUAGUUCUAGAGGAGGGCCCUAAUUGGAUGUUGUAGAGUCAGCAAAUUGUCAGAGAUAGUUUUGAUUGGUUCUUAUGUACUUUAUCAUUAUUUUGACAGCCACUACUUUUUUUAUACUCAUUGUCUAUUUUAUGACACAGCUGCUGGUUCAUAGUGACAGACUAGUGGUCUCCUUUGACCCAAUAGUGUAGAAGUUGAAGUGUCCCCAUUUAAGUUUAUUAAAUUACCCCUAAAAGUCUCAUUUAGAUUCCUUCAUAAAUCAUCUAUAGAAAUAUAGUUUUUAAAUGUCAGGGAUUUCUAGUUUCAAGGAUGGCUUUUACUUUCUACCUAAAUGUGCUGCAAGUACCUUUUGAUGUUGUUGCACGGUUGUACAUUGUUAGACUAAAAACACUGGCAUGGUUCAGUCACUUUUGAUAGUGAGGGGUUUCUUUUGUGCUAUUUGUGUCUCAGUAUUUACAAAUGCAAACACAGAAUUUGUUUCCCUCUCUUUUCCAAUGUCAUAGUGUGCGGAAAAUGAAAUCCAUCCACAAGCUGCUGUGAAACUGAACUGCCUAUUUUAAGAUGCCUAUUUGAAGAUGUUAAGAGUUUUGUCGUCUACGGAAAAGUGUUUGAGUCACGGUAUAUUUAUUGUUCAAAAUGUAUUGUUUUACGUUGGAGUAAUAUAUCUGGAGUGUUAGCUAUGGACAAUCAUCUUGACGAAGAUCUGUUUCAUUCUAUUUAGCUUAUUUCUCUUAUUGCCUUACACCCAACCUAGGCCUGCGAACAUGGACAUAGGAAGUGUUGACACCCUUCUCAGUGUACAAAACGACACUCUGAUAAGCAUAAAUGCCUAAGCAGUGACAGUAUUAAAGUGUGUAUAGCACUUCCAACCUGUUUUUUUAUACCAAAAAACAGACAAUUUUUGUAUAGUUACAGUGCCUUGCGAAAGUAUUCGGCCCCCUUGAACUUUGUGACCUUUUGCCACAUUUCAGGCUUCAAACAUAAAGAUAUAAAACUGUAUUUUUUUGUGAAGAAUCAACAACAAGUGGGACACAAUCAUGAAGUGGAACGACAUUUAUUGGAUAUUUCAAACUUUUUUAACAAAUCAAAAACUGAAAAAUUGGGCGUGCAAAAUUAUUCAGCCCCUUUACUUUCAGUGCAGCAAACUCUCUCCAGAAGUUCAGUGAGGAUCUCUGAAUGAUCCAAUGUUGACCUAAAUGACUAAUGAUGAUAAAUACAAUCCACCUGUGUGUAAUCAAGUCUCCGUAUAAAUGCACCUGCACUGUGAUAGUCUCAGAGGUCCGUUAAAAGCGCAGAGAGCAUCAUGAAGAACAAGGAACACACCAUGCAGGUCCGAGAUACUGUUGUGAAGAAGUUUAAAGCCGGAUUUGGAUACAAAAAGAUUUCCCAAGCUUUAAACAUCCCAAGGAGCACUGUGCAAGCGAUAAUAUUGAAAUGGAAGGAGUAUCAGACCACUGCAAAUCUACCAAGACCUGGCCGUCCCUCUAAACUUUCAGCUCAUACAAGGAGAAGACUGAUCAGAGAUGCAGCCAAGAGGCCCAUGAUCACUCUGGAUGAAUUGCAGAUAUCUAAAGCUGAGGUGGGAGACUCUUUCCAUAGUACAACAAUCAGUCGUAUAUUGCACAAAUCUGGCAUUUAUGGAAGAGUGGCAAGAAGAAAGCCAUUUCUUAAAGAUAUCCAUAAAAAGUGUUGUUUAAAGUUUGCCACAAGCCAACUGGGAGACACACCAAACAUGUGGAAGAAGGUGCUAUGGUCAGAUGAAACCAAAAUUGAACUUUUUGGCAACAAUGCAAAACGUUAUGUUUGGUGUAAAAGCAACACAGCUCAUCACCCUGAACACACCAUACCCACUGUCAAACAUGGUGGUGGCAGCAUCAUGUUUUGGGCCUGGUUUUCUUCAGCAGGGACAGGGAAGAUGGUUAAAAUUGAUCGGAAGAUGGAUGGAGCCAAAUACAGGACCAUUCUGGAAGAAAACCUGAUGGAGUCUGCAAAAGACCUGAGACUGGGACGGAGAUUUGUCUUCCAACAAGACAAUGAUCCAAAACAUAAAGCAAAAUCUACAAUGGAAUGGUUCAAAAAUAAACAUAUCCAGGUGUUAGAAUGGCCAAGUCAAAGUCCAGACCUGAAUCCAAUCGAGAAUCUGUGGAAAGAACUGAAAACUGCUGUUCACAAAUGCUCUCCAUCCAACCUCACUGAGCUCGAGCUGUUUUGCAAGGAGGAAUGGGAAAAAAUUUCAGUCUCUCGAUGUGCAAAACUGAUAGAGACAUACCCCAAGCGACUUACAGCUGUAAUCGCAGCAAAAGGUGGCGCUACAAAGUAUUAACUUAAGGGGGCUGAAUAAUUUUGCACGCCCAAUUUUUCAGUUUUUGAUUUGUUAAAAAAGUUUGAAAUAUCCAAUAAAUGUCGUUUCACUUCAUGAUUGUGUCCCACUUGUUGUUGAUUCUUCACAAAAAAUACAGUUUUAUAUCUUUAUGUUUGAAGCCUGAAAUGUGGCAAAAGGUCGCAAAGUUCAAGGGGGCCGAAUACUUUCGCAAGGCACUGUAUAUUGUUUUUGGAUAUUUCAAAUUCUUUGUGCCUCAAUAAUUGAUCUAAGAAAAAAUCACAAAGGAGAGAAAUAAAUACACAUCUGAAAUGUAAGGAGAAAUGGGAACCCUUUUGUGAAACAACGUGUCGUGCAGCUUGGUAAUUCUAACGUUUCACAAUCUGUAAUUGCCUGUGAUAAAUGAACCAAUUGCAUUUUGA